CAGCGGAGGGUCCCGAGCGCAGCCAAGGCGAGACGCGGCGCCCCCUCCGCCCGUUCCUGCCCUCGCCACGUCCCGCCCCCUCCACGCGUGCCCGGCCGGCGCGCUCCUCCCUCCGCCGCUCCGCCCGCCGCCUCCGUCCCUCUCCAGCCGAGGAAGAAGCUGCCGCCGCCGCCCCGCUCGCCCGCCUGGAAGGCGCCCUGCCCGGCCCUGCGCCCCACUCGCUCGCCCACCCAGCCACCCACCCGGGCCAAGACACACCCACGCACACACAGAUGGCCGGGAGCCGCCCCCGCCUGCUCGCCUUCCUCCUCCUCCUCGCCGUCGCCCUGAGCGGCCGAGGAUACGCCGAUGACUCAGACUUUGAUUUAUCAGACGCACUGGAUGAUAUCCUCCCCACAAAGAGGCCUACUCACAAGCCGCCCAAGAAGACUUCAGGUGGCACAGCAGGCGAACUCGAUCUGUCGGAUUACUUUGAUUCCCCACCGGAGAGAACCACCAGGCCUGCAAAGGCCACCACCAGCCCGUAUCCACGGAAACCAGACGAUGGCCGCUGGAACAUCCCCCACACCACCACCACCAAGCAGCCCAAAGCUACGAAGCCACCCCCCAAAAAGACUUCAGCGAAAGAUCCAAUGGAUUUCGACUUAUCCGAUGCUUUAGAUGACCAAAAUGACAGACACCCUGGGGGUGGACCACCUAAAGGAAAUCCUGGUGGAGGCUCAAAAGGUGGAGACAGAAGAGGUGGAAAUUCUGGGAUUUCGGAUGCUGACCUGAUUGGUAUCGUGGAUGAAGGAGGUUAUCAGCCUGAUAAGAAGAAAGGAGACAGCGACAGUGAUUACAAUAACGGUGCCCUGGUGGAAACCGGGACAAUUGCUGGCAUUGUCAGUGGCCUUGCCAUGGCCUUAAUCGGUGCUGUCAGCAGCUACAUCUCCUACCAGCAAAAGAAAUUCUGCUUUAGCAUACAACAGGGCCUGAAUGCAGAAUAUGUGAAAGGAGAAAACAUGGAAGCGGUGGUGACCGAAGAGCCACAAGUGAAAUAUUCUGUCCUAGAACCACAGACAGCAGAAGCUCCACCGCCUCAAGAAAACGCAAAAGUCUGAAAUCUCAGCUCUUUGGCUUAAAAAGAACCAAUUGUUGACAGAACAAAACAAAACAUGUCACACACAAGAGCGCGCGCACACACACACACAAACACGCACACACUCCUCUCACCUAAUUUGUAAUUUAGCUUUUACAAAACGUUUAAUUUGGAUUCCAAAGCUAUUUAAAUGUGCAUUCCCCUGACUAGGGCAGGCUUCUUUAUUGUGGUUAGGCUUGUAGACUGGUUGAAAAAUAAUAAUAAUGUUUUUUCGGGUUUUUAUUUUUAUUUUAUUUUUUAAAUAUAUCGUUUUGUGAAGAAUCGUAGGUUUACAUUUGCCAUGGGUCAUGUCCGAGCUUUGGUCAGGUUGAAUAUGAAAUGCAAAGGUUCUUCCAAGUGGUGUUUCAUGGUAGACGUAGAGAUGUUCAUGAAUGACAUUUUGAUGGGACGGGGUUGGGGAGAGAAGGUAGCAGAGAACGGGUGAGAACAGUUGAAGUGCCUGUAGAUGACCAGCCCAAAAUAGACUAGGUGGAAAGUUUUAGCCAAAGUUCAGCUCUUGGUUACACAGAGCACUUCCACCGAGGUCCUGGUGAGCUAUUUGAGGAAGGAGAAAGGCUUCAAGAGAGAACAAGACCCAUGCAAAGUCUUAAUAGGUCGGGCCAAGAAGACACCGUAGCCCCACAGAACUGGGCUUCACUUCAGCUAUGGACCAUCUUCAGUUGUUGUUUUGCUUUGAGUAGGACCAGGGACCUGUGUAAAUACACAGCAAGAGGCUAAAGUGGAACCUGGACCUCACUUGUUAGGCUGCUGUACUGUGCUGUGCUGACCCGUCCGGUCCAUUUGGACAGAAUGCAUGGGCUGCCAGCUUCGUAGUGGUUUUCUCCAACUUUUUGCAGAAGGCUCCAAAGCUUGAAUUUCAAGAGAACAGCUCAAGGCGGGGGGGAAAGGGUGUACCAAGGAGUGUGAUGAUUCACUUGCAUACCAACCCUAUACUGGAGUUCAAUGUGAAGGGAGACAUCCAGAUAAGUACAGAAUUAGAGGGCUAAAAUCCAGAAAAGGGAGGUGGUUUGGGUUCAGGAAAUGCAAGCGAUGGUUAUUUUGAAAUGUUGCGCCUUCAGGUUUUCAAGGUCUGGUGGUGCAAAUGUUCUCCAGCGAGUAGCAUCUCUCUUCUGGUAUUUUAUGGGCUGGGUCAUCACAUCCCACUGAUUCAUACUUCAGGCCUGGUGUUUCCCCAAGGUCUCAAAUCUGAGCUCAGCUGGAUUGUGGGCAGCCAUGUUUAUUCAGUAGCCCAGUGUUUGAAGGUCCUUUUCCAGGAGAAGAGAAGAUGUUGGGCGUUUGAGUUUCUAACCUAGAUGGAACCUGACUUUUACAACUUCCUCCUAUACAUGGAGGACACUCUUCUGUUUGCACCUCUUGGUACAUCAGAAAGCCUCAAGGUCCUUCUCCUAGGAAAACCCUGAGAACAAGACCACUUGGAACUGAGUUGCUAGCCAAGAUGGGUUUUCCUGGGUGUGAAUUCUCCUAUUGGCCUGAUUCCUGGGAUAUUCCCGAGGAAAGUAAGGAACAAGAUUGCUUUGCCAUUUCUGGGAAGAUGAAACCAUCCAUGGGGGUAGGAUGAGAUAGCAGUUCCCAUCAGCCCUCCAUCCUGUUCAUAUCAAACCAACUUAGUUGAUUUUCCCACUGUGCCUACGCAGUCACUAGUUGGGCUUAAUUUCCUUGCCUCAGUAAUAAACCACAAGGGGAGACCUAAGAACAGUGGUAAGAUCCUUGCUACUGUUCAUGUUCUCCUUUUGUUUGACUCAUGAAGGGGAAGACCACUCUAGCUCUACACCAAGAGUUUCCAACCUUGGACACUUUAACACUUGUGGACUCCCAACUCCCAGAACUCCAUAGCCAGCAUGGCUGGCUCAGUAAUUCUGGGAUUUGAAGUCCACAAGUCCUAAACUGGCCAAGGUUGGACAUCUCUGCUCUACAUCGUUGUACAAAGAUGAUUCUGGGGGAAACGGGUAUUCACAGAAAAAGGCCACAUGGCUGUUUUCACUCUUUUCCCUAAACAAACCUUGAUCCCUGAUAUGUCUUAAAUUUAGCUGGCUCCCCAGUUUAUUGUUAUAUUCGGCAGGGGCACCAGAGGAAGUGAAGCAAGGGGACUUUCUAGCCUUAUUUUGGGACAAUUUUGAUUGUAACCACUAUCGGUGCUAGCCCAGAGGAGCAGCAACAGCCCUCUACUGCGGAGCUGAGCAAGAAAUGAGCUUAAAUGUUGGCCCAUGUUGGUCAUUCUCAACCUAAGUCCUAUUAGCCGUGCAUUUCACCAUUGUAGCAAGGUGUACAUUUUCACAUGCAAGGUUAUAGUAUUUUUUUUCUCUCUUUAGUGCAUGUAAUCGGUCCAUGAUAUGUAUACACGGUGUUGGGGGGAGGGAAAUGUGGGUGAAAUACCUAAUUCAGAUUUCAUUUUCAAACUAAUCCUUUGUGAUGUUUGUAGGGGACUCUUCUGGUAGGUUUCAGUGUGGUAAUCAUCAGAGCUAGAAGAGGUUUACAUGGUGUGGUCAAAAAAGCCCAGAUGGUAGUCACAGUACUUAAAAAAGAAUGGACAGAAUCAUACCUGCCGUACUGACGCUUUUUGACCACAUUCUGUGAGCCCACCAGAUCAAAAGACUUCAUUUGAUUGAGGCACAUUGGACCCUCUAUGGAUGCUGCUCUAUGUCACGGAAAUUUCUGGGUGAAUCUCUUAAUGUCGGGAGCACUACCAGCUGUAUCUAUAGGGGUUUAAGGAAAUUUUUUGAAAUGUUAUCCUGAGACCCCCAUAUUUAUCCAUGAUGGAGGUGAAUCCCAUGGAUUUCAGUGGAGCGUCAAUAUGAGAUGGUUAUAAAUGCUAGUCCAGAUGGUUUGGUUUAGCUUCAUAAUUUGCACUCCACAAGCAUAAGACCUUUAAAGAAAUGUGUAUAUUUUGGACGUACUAAAUUCUCUUAUCCCACCCCAUCUCCUCCCAUGUUAAAUUAGGACUUGGGGGGGGGGUCAACAGAGGAAAUCAAAGGAGGACUGCAGCUUAUUUAAGGAAGCCACUGAGAUGACUUUUCUUUGAUGGGAUUCUGCUACGGAGGGAUUCUCCUAUGAAGGACUCACUGUUCGACCAAGAGCUACGUAGGGAAAUAAUGUUGAAGGUUCUCCAUAUUUGAGGUGGCUUCUAGGUACUAGAAAGUGAGGUCUGGUCUUGCAUCUCUGUUUUCCAAAUUUUAUGGAGCAGAAAAGUCCAGGGGAAACUCAACCACACAGAUGAAUCUACAUCACAGCCUCUUUCCAACUACCGUCUCUCUUUUUAAAGGACAAGUCAAGUACAUCAAACAUUAGACUAGGGUUAUAGUGAUGCAUCUUUAGAUAAAAUAGUGGGGAAAUGGUGGCUGUACUUGGACUAGAAAUCAUUUUCUCACCUAGGUGGAAGUUUCUUUCUUUCUUUCUUUCAGCCAAUUAUGGGGAAACGUUACUGUAGGUGUAAAAAUUGUCUGUUUCGUUGUCUUUCUAUUGCUGUCCUGCCACUGAUCUCCAUCUUGAAAUACUGUGUCUCGGAGGAAUUCCGCUACCCCACAUAGAUGUUUGAAAAAUGUUAUGUAUUGCAGAUUCUAUGAACAAAAAAACCAAAACAAAAAAUAAUUGUCCCGAGUGUUACGUUAAGGAACAAAAGCUACCAGGUUUUCAAGAUGUGGCAGUUGAUAAACCUGUGAAGUACUUCCCUUCCCCAAAGUCUUUUUGUAUGAAUUUGGUAAAUGGUUAUGCCUUAAUGUAAAUUUUAGAUAGUCCAAUGGAAGGACUACCUAACAUCAGGUGCAAAGAGCAACAGUGACUGUUACUGCCUCCCCAGACCAUGAUCAACAGCGCAGUCUUCCCCAAAAGUCAAGACUUAAGUUCUUGUGCCCUGGUUUAGUUCUUUCCCUGAGCAACAAUGGCCCAGACAAAGUCUCCACGGGGUUCCUGUCUCCAGGCCACCAAGGCUGAGGAUGAAGGAGUAGCAAGGGCUGUCUGAGGAAGACCCAGCCCUGUUGCCCUUCAGACCUUCAAAAAUCCUACUGCGGAGCAGGAUGUCUACCAACUUGGGUCUAGGACAACUUGCUGCAGCCAAAUCACCAUGGGUCAAUUCAAUGCUGUAUUAAUCCUUCCGUUCAGUUACUUGGAUGAUUGGUGACCCUGUUUUCCUUGAAAUUAUUGUAACUCUUCUCCCAAAGGUGCUUUUUCAAAAGGCAACUGGACUUUUUGUUUUCCCUUGAAGACGUCUACGGAGAUUCUCAAUCAUCCAGGUCAAGAGGCAACUGGUCUUUGUUGUUUUUCUUUGAAGACGUUUCACUUCUCAUCCAAGAAGCUUCUUCAGUUGCUUUUUGAAAAAACAAAAACAUCUCUGGGAUUACCAUGAUCUGGAGGACCGAGAACCUCCGUAAAUAUUGUUCACUCUUGUAUUUCUGGAUUGACUUUUCUUUUUUGAUGAUGGGUCACGGUUCCGUCGAAAUUCAUUUUAUUUUAUUUUUAUUGGUUGUGUUGUCUCGCGUUGUUGGCCACGAUGAGUUGGCUGUGGCGAGUUGUCCCGUUCUGUACCAACUCUAUUGCGCUUGAAAUACCCAAAGGUUAGAAGAGAGAAAAACCCCAUGUGUAGAUCGUACAGUUAAGCCUAAGAUUCUGUGCAUCGAGGCGGUUGUGUUGACUUGCUAGGGCCAUUCUCGGGAAGUCGAGAGAUGCCAGGGAUCCACAUCAGGGGUCUUUUGCAUGCAAAGCAUGUGUUCCUUUACCCAACUAUGACCUCUUCCCCGCUGAGGAAUUCUGCCCAUUGUCUGUAUAUUCAACCAACAGUAUGUUUGGCUUUUUCCUGGCUAAACUUCUCUGUAGCAGUGCCAGCUGUGUUGUACCACACCUCUGGGAAGGGGGAGUGGGUCCGUUUCCAUUUUUUCUACUCUGCUUUUUUAUAUUGGUAAUUAAAACAGAUCUGUGAGCUGAAAGGCCACAUCAUGUAAGCGUAGCCAGAUGUUCAGAGCAGACAGAUAACAGGCGUUUAUAAAAGUCUUCCAUCAGGCCAAAGAUGUAUAUAUAUAUAUGUAGAGACCACAUAUUGUGCCCCAAAUUCAUAUGCAACGCGUGUUCUUGGUAGUCAAAACGAAACAUCUAAUUAGAGAAGAGGAAAAAAAAGGUUUCCUGUUAGGAGAAUGCUAGGAGGAACUUAGCCACUUCUACUUUUUAAAGAAGCGGCCUAGAUUUUACCUUUCUCUCCUUCUUGUUGGCAUUUUCUUUUGGCAAAUGUGGACCGGUGUCAGUUGUCUCCUUCUCGUACAACUGGCAGUAUCUGGUUUGUUCGUUGGCCUCUACUGCUGCGGUAGGAACUAGCGUUCAUCCGAAGGGUAGAACUGAAGAGCAGAAAAGGGAGCUAAAACAAAAAGGGGGGUGGGGAGAAAAGUGGGAAGGAAAAAUAGAUCAGAGACGACCGAUUAAAAAUGGAGACGGCGUAUCCAAAGAAGCGAAAGCUUUUAUUUAAGCAAUACAUACAUACCAUUGGCUAAUACAGAAAGGAUCUGUUCCCAGUUGAAAAUUGCGAGUUAUGUUGUCAAAAAUGUAGAAAAAAAAAAGAAAAAAGGCAGACUCAUUUUGCUAAAGUGCAUAUAAGAAUUACGGGGGGAUGGCUAUCCGAACUUGAAUGCUGAAGUACAAAACUGGAAAAAGUAAAUAAAUAAAUGGAAAAAAAAAGACUUGUGAACAAAA